UGCUGAGAGUGCGGCUGCUGUGGCUGCCUUGGCCAAUUACCAUAGCAACCCUAAGGUUGCUAUUGUAACCUCAAUACAUUUAGCCUUCCAGCCAAUCCCACCCUCCCUCCUUCCCCAGCUGCAGCCAACCGGCUUCCACUUGUCCCUAGACGCGCUCUAUAUAAUCUGCUUUAGCAGCUAUAAAUAUGAGCUUUGCCUGUGAGAAGCAGAGGGAAAGAGUCCGGGUGGGUUUUUAAAAAAUAAAGUUAAAAAAAAAAAGAGAGGGUCAUUGCAAGAAAUCCUGAGCGAAGAUCAUGCAGUGCGGGCUGCUGCCCCCACCAGGGAUGCGCCUCCAGCUGCAGAAGCAAUGUCUGUGCCUCAGUUUCUUGCUCCUCCUUCUCCUGCACAAGGUCGUUCCAGCUCAGAGCUGCCCGACUCCGUGCCCAGGUCAAUGCCCAGCCCAGCCUCCUGCCUGCGCCCCUGGAGUGCCGGCUGUGCUGGACAGAUGCUCCUGCUGUCUGGUGUGCGCCCGCCAGCGCGGGGAGAGCUGCUCAGAGCUACUACCCUGCCAGGAAAGCAGUGGCCUCUACUGUGACCGCAGUGCCGACCCGAGGGCUGAAGUUGGCAUCUGCAUGGUUCUAGAAGAAGACAACUGUGUGUUUGAUGGCAUAAUUUACCGAAGUGGUGAGACCUUUCAGCCAAGCUGUAAAUAUCAGUGCACCUGCAGAGAUGGGCAAAUAGGCUGUGUUCCCCGCUGCAACCAUGACCUGCUCCUUCCUCGCCCAGACUGUCCUUUCCCAAGGAAAGUGGAAGUUCCAGGAGAAUGUUGUGAGCAGUGGGUUUGUGACCCAAAGGAAGAGGUGGCUUUGGGAGGCCUUGCUCUAGCAGCUUACAGACAAGAAGCCACACUGGGGAUUGGUGUUUCUGACUCGAGCCUCAACUGUAUAGAGCAGACUACAGAAUGGAGUGCAUGUUCCAAAAGCUGUGGGAUGGGAUUCUCUACUCGAGUCACCAAUAGGAAUCGCCAUUGUGAGAUGACAAAGCAGACUCGUCUUUGCAUCGUAAGGCCCUGUGAACAAGAGAUUGAACACGCCACUGAAAAGAAGGGAAAAAGGUGUCUCCGCACUAAAAAGUCUCUUAAGGCCAUCCACUUACAAUAUAAGAACUGCACUAGCACCCAGACCUAUAAGCCCAGAUACUGUGGCAUCUGUACUGAUGGCCGGUGCUGCACCCCACACAAUACCAAAACCAUCCAGGUGGCAUUCCAGUGUCCCCAAGGACAAACUGUCAAGAAGCCUAUGAUGCUCAUCAAUACCUGUGCCUGUCACACCAACUGUCCCCAGAGCAAUGAUGCCUUCCACCAAGCUUUAGAAUCCAAGCCUAGAAGAAUGAAGAUAUAAACGUGUGCAAUGGGCAACAUGCUGAUGGGAAAAAUUUGGGCUUAAGCCAAAACAGGACCCAUUCAUCUGAAUGUAAGAUCCGUGGCUUUGUCCCCACCUCCGCAUGUAUGUAGCAUGAUCUCUGGCAUUACAUAUAGCUAGCAAGCUUAUUUUGUGUUACCUGAAAGGAGAGAGAGAUUUAGUGAAUAAAGCAAGGAGUGCAAGUGGAAGAAAGGUAAGUAAAAGAUAAGGUUCAAUGAUAGGUUAAUUUUCUAUGAUUCUGUUUAUACAAAUUAAAGGCAUUAUUAUGAUAAACAGCUGGGUUUUUUUAAUAUGCUGUACACAUUGCAUGAUAUCAUCCUUUCACCUAUAAGUAGAGUGGUAGGAACUCAUCUUCUAAUGUCUGAAAUAAUAAGAUUAUCCCAGAAUCACACCAAGCACACUGCUGUAUAAAAUGUGGAGUCACAUUUUGACUUAAGGAUGCUCUGCUAUUUAUGCAUCUCCUUCCAAAUUUGGGGAGCAUACAAUCAAAACAAGGAUCUGAGCUAGCAUGGGAGAUGGCUCUGAUGCUGUAUUUUUAAAGGCAGAACAGAGACAAUGCAUCCAUUUUGACAUGUAUUGCACAAAAAGAGAAAUGUAAUAUUUACACUCAUAAAUCAUCUAAUAAGUCUCGUAGGGGAGUAACCAAUCUAAAAGCAAGUUGGUCUGGAUCUGAAUAAGCCUGUUGCAUUGCAAGCACUUUACAGUAAAGAGGGAAAAGUGACCAUUGAGAAGGAGAUAGCCCAUUCCACAGAGGCCGAUGUCCCCUUCAAAGAGCUUCCAGUCCUUUCCACGUGUUAAUUCUCUCUGCCAUUCUGAAGCAUGUGUUAGCAGACUAUGUCAUUUUCAGGUACGCUUACAGCUGAAUUCCAGGCAUGGGAAUAAGCAAUUACUAGGACGGCGUUAUAUACCCCCCAAAUGGCAUGUGAUCCCAUAUUUGGGAUUAAAGUAGCUCUGACUUAUUAAACUCUAUAUGACUCACAAUAAAACACUCUACAAAUAAGACACACUUUUGUAUCCCCAUUAGUCUGCAAGAUAAGCUACACAUUUAAAUCUGUAAAUUCCUUUUGGUUUGUGCAUUGAACUUGUUUUAUUGUUAUGUUAACAAAACAUUAAUGUAAAUACAGAAAUUGUAUAUUUUGUAAAGUAUCCUUUUUUAUUUUUCUGUACUUGUCAGACAUACUGAAUAAACACGUUUUGAAAGUG